GUUUCAGCCGAUUGGCCAGCAAACUGUAAAUUCUCUGUGCUGCGUUCGGUUCGGCUCCCAUGUUUUCUGUUUUAUUAUACCAGAAAAAAAGUGAAAAGCAAAGAAAAACAUGCAGCAUGUGAGACCCAGAGUGCUUAAUAAAUAGUCUGUGCCCCGUUAACGUAAAUAGAGUCUGCAAAAAGCGCGUAGAGUGGAGCUCUGCAGUGAAUGUGAAAAAAAAGAGUUGCAAGUGAAAAUUCCAACAAAAAGAAGCAAACACACACACACACACGCUGACAAGACACUGCCGCACAUUCAGGCCGAUGUAUGUGUGUCGCUCUUUGGACGCAAUUUUGGUAGCAGGACAGGACAGUGGAGGCAAGGGAAUCUGGGCCCCGAGUGAAUGGUAGAGUGCACUUGGCGACUCGCAGACUCGACUUCCCCGAAAAACGGAGCAUUCAAAAUAGCACAAGAGAGAUGAUCAUCAUCGGACGAUGAUGAUAGCGACGACCACGACGACUCCUCUGCUAAUGAAGAUGAUGUAAACGAAGCCAAACGGCAAACUCUCCUCUUUCUUUCCACUUUUGUGCACCGAAACGAAAGCGAAACUCGAAAGCAAAAGAAAUCGAAAGAAAUACCACCCCACCACUGCCACAUAAUACAAUAUUUCUGUGAAUUGAAAUCGAAACUGCAUUCUUUACACACAAAACAGAACACACAAACAUAUACAUACAUAUAUACACAUAUCUGGGCAAUCGCCAAAACGAAUCGAAAUAUGAGAUUGUCGCGGUGCUUAUCGGUCAGUGGAAGCCGCCUGCUCCUCCUGCUCGCCGUCGCCAUCGCCCUCGCCCUGGUGCAAGCGGAGCGCGACUUUAAUGUGAACGACUCUCAGGUGCCUGUCAUUGAGCCAAAGGAUGUGCCCGCCUACAAGCAGGAUCCCUAUGUGACAGAGCUGAUGGGAUGCCAGAACCAGCAGAACGAGAUUGUGCUAUCGCUGCUGCUGAAGAAGCACGACUGGAGCGAGCUGACGGCCACCAAGAGAGCCCAUGUUCAGUCGAAAUUGGCCAAAUUCUUUGCCAUACCCAAGGAGUUCAUUUCGUUGGAUUCGGUGUCGAAGCGGGAGCUCAGGUCCAUGCACAAGCUGGCGAUGAGGAAGGGCGGCAAGGGGAACAAGAAUAUAGAGACUCUGAAUCGUCGGCUGGGACGCGCCAGUUUCAUGAUCGGCUGUGGUCCAAGCUACUUUGUCAUGGGUGAGCCGAUAGCCAAGCAGAUUGCCCACCAGGUGAAGGACGGGACCAUUGGCGCUCUGACGGAGGAGAACUUUGGUCUCUGGUUUAUUUGGCGCAAGGAAUUGAAGUCGAGAUCCCAACGCAGGCGACGUCAGUCGGAGGGUUCUGGCGCCGAUGAUGAUGACUACGAGUAUGAAGAUGAGGGAGGCGAGGAAGUUUCUGAGCCAAGCACGGAAGUGCCAGCGGUGACCACGCAUGCGCAUCGUCAUCAUCAUGGAGUGCCACAUGUAAAUGAUUUCGAGCUGAGCAGCUAUCCGCCCGUCGAAGACAAUGAAGAUGCCACAACGAUUCCAACAACGGCAGCAGCUGCUGCUGCUGCAACAAUAACAGCCAGAACGUCCUCCUCCAGCGAAAUCGAUGCUCACGUAGUAGAGUCCACAGCAACGCACCGCACAAUUAGUUCUAAGGAAGGAGAGGCCGAUGCCAUCAGCACCCCCAAUAAUAACAGCAGCGGCGGCGGCGGCAGCUUAGCCAAUAAUGAGCAGCUGUUACCAGGCUCUUCAGUGCCCCCCUCCACGGUGGCCACGACAACACGUGCCACGCCCGAGGCGACCAGCACCGUCAGCACAUUCGCGUCGACGGAUUAUGUGGAGCCACAGCCGGAGAACAGUGUACCGAUUAUCAAGACGCGUCUGCAGAAGCUGGCGGUGACCUCGGGCAAGGCUUUCACCAUGAUAGUGCCCGAGGAUACCUUCUGGGAUGCCGAAGAUCAGGGCAACCUGCGUCUGGAGCUCACCGACAAGGAUGGCCACGAGCUGAAGUCCAACUCCUGGCUGCAGUUCAAUGCUGACAAGCGGGAACUGUACGGACUACCUUUGGACGACACAGUGUCCCGUUGGCAGUAUCGUCUCUCUGCCACUGACUCGGGCAAUGCCACCGUCACGGAGACGGUGGAGAUCAGCGUGCAGCAGCAUCGUGCGGUGCGGACCAUCAACCACGAGAUCAGCGUUGUCGUGAAGAUCAACGGGAAGAGCGGCCACAACAUUGACUGGCAGCUGAAGCUGAUCAAUGCCUUGGCUCGUACCCUGGAUGAUGACAACAGCUCGGCGGUGGUGGUGCGCGAGAUCCGUCCAACGCCGCUGGACCCACACAGCGCCAUCUUCGUGUACUUCAACGAGACCCUGCCCACAAGCGAUUGCCCCGAGAAGGAGCUGAGCGAGCUUGUAAGCCGUCUGGAUGCCCAGCGUCUCAGCGAUUUGGUGCAGCCGCUGUUGGCCAUUAAGUCGAUCACUGGCCAGCUGAUUGGAUCCUGCCAGAAGGACCUGACGAAGGUGAAGCCCACCAUGCAGAUGGCCAAGAACGUGCCACCGAUGCCGCGCAACCAAGUGGAUCGAGUGAACGCCAGCGUGGGACAACUGCUGGUGUUCAAGGUGCCGCCAGACACCUUCUACGAUGCCAAUGAUAAUGACCUGACGCUCACCCUCAAGUCCAAGGAGCACAAGGAGUUGGGGACACGCCACUGGCUGCAGUUCGACUCGAAAAACCAGGAGUUCUACGGCAUCCCAAAGGGUGGCGACACCGGCUCCGAGGAGUACCUGCUGGUGGCGGAGGACAGCGGCGGUCUCAGUGCCCACGAUGCCCUCGUCGUAGUAGUUAGCCAUCCCCCCAAAAAGGAAUUUGGGGCCUUCUUCAAGGCCUACCUGUCCAUUCGCCACGAGAACUUCAAUGCAGAGCUGCAGCGCAAGUUUGUGGAGCGCAUCGCCAAGGUGAACGGUGACGCCAACACCAAUCAAAUCCAGAUCCGUUCCAUCAACAUUCACCACGACUCAGACGGCACCAUUGUGAACUUCUACAACACGUCGCUGUACAAGCACCACAACCGCUGCCCGGAGAAGGAGCUGGCGGCCACUCGCAGUGUAUAUCUGGCCGGCGACAGCCUGAGGGAUAGCGUGAAGCGGGCCAUGGGACCGGAGCUGAAUCUAACCAACUUUUCGGUGGCGCCUUUUGGCAGUUGUCAUCAUUCCGAAAACAUAGACAUCAAUCAGCACGAGCUCGUACCCACGCGCCCUGAGGAGCCCAGCCAGAAGUCCACCUUCAGCGAGGAGUACUUGGCCAAUUUCAUUCUGCCGGCUGUCAUCAUUCUGGUCAUGAUAGUGCUGGCCUCUAUCGUGGCCUGCUGCCUGCACAGGCGUCGCCACAAGAGCGGCAAAAUGGAGCUUGGCGACGAAGAAGAGCGCAAAUCCUUCCGGGCCAAGGGCAUACCCGUCAUCUUUCAGGACGAAUAUGAGGAGAAGCCCGAAAUCGGCAACAAGAGCCCCGUAAUACUCAAAGACGAGAAGCCACCGCUGCUGCCACCGUCCUACAAUACCUCAAACAUGAAUGGCGACAAUGAUGUGGAUGAGUAUGUGCCGCCGCCGGCUGUUGUUGUGGGCGGCCGGGAGGUGCGAGGGAAGUCACCGGCCACGCCCUCCUAUCGCAAGCCACCGCCAUAUGUAUCGCCAUAAAUCAGUGUCAAGAAACGGCAGCAAACGAAGCAGCAACAGAAACCGAAAGAGCAACAGCAACGGCAA